AUGAAAUAUAUUUUAGUAACUGGUGGUGUUAUUAGUGGUAUUGGUAAAGGUAUUAUUUCAUCAAGCAUUGGUACAAUACUUUGUUCACAAGGAUUUCGUGUAACAUCAAUUAAAAUUGAUCCAUAUAUUAAUAUUGAUGCAGGUACAUUUUCACCAUAUGAACAUGGAGAAGUAUUUGUACUUGAUGAUGGUGGAGAAGUUGAUUUGGAUUUGGGUAAUUAUGAACGAUUUCUCGAUAUUACAUUGCAUCGUGAUAAUAAUAUAACAACGGGCAAAAUUUAUCAAUAUGUUAUUGAUAAAGAACGUCGUGGAGAUUAUCUUGGAAAGACUGUACAAGUUGUACCACAUAUAACAGAUGCUAUUCAAGAAUGGGUUGAACGUGUUGCACGUAUAUCUGUUGAUAAGGAUACAGCUGAACCAGAUAUUUGUAUUAUUGAACUUGGUGGUACUAUAGGUGAUAUUGAAAGUAUGUCAUUUGUUGAAGCCUUUCGACAAUUUCAAUUUCGUGUGAAAAGAGAUAAUUUUUGUGUUGUACAUGUCAGUCUUGUUCCACAACCAAAUGCAACACAAGAACAUAAAACAAAGCCAACACAACAUAGUGUAAAAGAACUUCGUGGUUAUGGUUUAUCACCUGAUCUUAUUAUUUGUCGAUCAGCAACACAAAUGACAUUAUCAUCAAAAGAAAAAGUUUCAAUGUUUUGUCAAGUAGAAAAAGAUCAUGUAAAAAAAUUGGAAUCUUUUUCUUUAUUUUAUUAA